AUGAUGGCUUCCUGGGGAUUGAAGAGCUGCAGCGAAGAGGAAUCAUCUUCGAUAAGCCGCAGCUCCAUUCAGGAGGCCCGUCAGUCAAGACUCAUCUCGAGGCAGCAUGGCGUUUCCAAGCACAGCGUAAGCCCUCGACGGAUUGACCCAGUUCUUUAUUCUAAACCAUUUAGGGUUUCGAUUUAGAUUUCUGGUGCCACCAGAUUCAUGAUUUCUGCAGAUUACGUUUCCUUCGUAUUCCUAAUUGCGUAGUUAGUCGUUCUCUGAACGUCAUCAUCUCGGCGAUUCAGGGCGAUCGAUUUAUCCCCAACAGAUCAGCAAUGGACUUCGACAUGGCCUUCUACCUGCUGACACAAACCAGGAAAGAGAAGGAGAAAGCCGCCGCCCUGGCCUCCCAUCCGGGGCAGACCUACGGGAAACUCCUGGCCGAGAGGUUGCUCCCGAAUAGAAAUCGGAUUCUGGCCUUCCAGGCGCGGCCCCCUGCUUCCUCCUCCACGGCCGAAGAGGUCUCCUUCGAUCACCACCCCAAGUCCACGAAACAGACGAGAGAAAUCUCCCGGUCGGCAGAUCGGAUGCUGUUAAUCCCGGAAAUGGCCGACGACUACUACCUUAACGCGCUGGACUGGGGGAGCAGGAACAUCCUGUCUAUCGCCCUCGGCCGCACCGUCCACCUGUGGAACGGCACCGACGGUUCCACGUUGGAGAUGAUGAUGGCGGAGGACGACCUCGGAGCCGCAGCGAGCGUCUCCUGGGCUCCAGAUGGCCGGUACCUUGCACUGGGUCUGAACGGCUCCGACGUCCAGCUGUGGGAUACCGACUCCCAGCGACUGGUAAGUGGCCAGACCUCCUUCCCUCCCUGCCUAGAGGAUUUCAGGGUUUCCUUUUCUGACGAGAAUCGUCCUCUGUGUUUAUCCGCCGCUGCAGCUGAGGACUCUGAGAGGUGUACACCGUUCUCGAGUCGGAUCGCUCUCAUGGAGCAAUCACAUUCUGACGACGGGAGGGAAGGAUGGCAAGGUGGUGAACAACGACGUGAGAAUCAGGUCUCACGUCGUCCACUCAUACAGAGGCCACAGAGGAGAAGUCUGCGGGUUAAGGUGGUCUGGUUCCGGCCGGCGUCUGGCCAGCGGCGGCGACGACAACCUAGUCCACAUCUGGGACCUGCGCAGGGCAUCGACGGCCACUGCUCCGCGGACCUCCCAAGGUCCCUGGAUCCACAGGUUCGACAAGCAUGCCUCCGCCGUGAAGGCCCUCGCAUGGUGCCCCUUCCAGAGCAACCUGCUGGCCUCCGGCGGCGGCGGCAACGACCGGUGUAUCAAGCUCUGGAACACCGAGAACGGCACUUGCCUCGACUCGGUGGACACGGGGUCGCAGGUCUGCUCCCUGCUGUGGAGCAAGAAGGAGAAGGAGCUGCUAAGCUCCCAUGGGUUCGGUCAGAACCAGCUGACUUUGUGGAAGUACCCCUCUUUUAGGAAGAUUAUCGACCUCACCGGCCACAGUUCCCGAGUCUUGUGCACGGCCGUGGUAUGGACCAAAAUCCCCCCAGAUCCUGUCGGUUUAUUCCCAGCUGUUGUCUAUAAUGCUGGUAUGACGGCGAGAUAUCGGCUUCGCAGAGCCCGGACGGGUGCACGGUGGCGUCGGUGUCGGGUGACGAGACGCUGAGGUUCUGGAACGUCUUUGGAUCGCCGGAGACGACGAGGAGGUCGCCUCCGAAGCCCCCUCCGGACCUAGAGCCAUUCUCCAGCUUCAGCCGCAUCAGGUAAUGUACAGGGGACAACAAGGGUGGGCAGACGGGGCGGGGAAGAGCCCGGUUCUCCCCUUCUAGCCCGCCGCCCGCCCGAGUUUUCUUCUUCUUUCUCUUGUAUGCACGAUGAUGGAUUUCUCUGACAUUUUUCUCGAAUCGUUUUCCGCUUCUGCGGUCGUCGAUCCGUCGGAUAUUUACUCCGAGUUUUCUUCGAUCGGCCGAGUUUUCUUGAGUUGCUUUCCUUUCCUGGUCAUAGAUGCAGCUGCCGGUUUUCUUCUUCUUCCUCCUCGUCGGCGGAGGAACAUGUCUGCAUAUUUUCUCUGUUUGGUUAAAUGCGUAUCGCCGGCGGUCUUCCGUUGUCACCAGAAGUUGGGUGCCCCGAAGAAUUCUAGGAAGUUGAUGAUCGGAGCGGGAAUCUUCGUCGACCAAGGCCUGACGGCAGGAGCAUGAUGAUGCACGGCGGCGUGGACACCGGCGAUGACUAUGUACAGGCUCCGACGCCGACAACGGUGACGACGUCCACCAUGGACCGGAACCUUCCUGUCUUCAAGGUCUACCCCUCUCUCUCUCUCUCUCUCUCUCUCUCUCUGUGUCUCUUCGCCUGUUCAUGCUUCUCUGCUCAGCCUCGGCGCCAACGGUGAUCAGCAGUUCCGGCUGAUUGCUUCGCUUCGCACAGUGGGAGAAAAGCAGGAGGAAAAUAUGUGGAACAAUUGGACUGUAGAGCUCAGCCUGGAGCGAUUUUCUUCAGAUAA